AUGUCCUACAAUAAUGGCAAUACUUAUUCAAAGAGUUAUAGCAGAAAUAAUAAGAGACCCUUGUUCGGAAAGAGGUCGCCAAAUCCUCAGUCCCUAGCGAGACCACCGCCACCAAAGAGAAUACGGACUGAUAGUGGUUACCAGUCGAAUAUGGACAAUAUAUCUUCUCAUAGGGUAAAUUCAAAUGACCAACCAGGCCACACGAAAAGUCGUGGUAACAAUAAUUUAUCUCGCUAUAACGAUACAUCCUUUCAAACAAGUUCCAGAUAUCAAGGUUCAAGAUACAACAAUAAUAAUACGUCGUAUGAAAAUAGGCCUAAAAGCAUAAAAAGGGAUGAAACAAAGGCUGAAUUCCUGUCUCAUUUGCCAAAGGGGCCCAAAUCUGUUGAGAAAUCAAGAUAUAAUAAUUCAUCCAAUACUAGUAAUGAUAUAAAAAAUGGCUAUCAUGCUUCAAAAUACUAUAACCACAAAGGCCAGGAAGGGCGGUCUGUCAUAGCUAAGAAAGUUCCAGUUUCGGUUCUAACGCAGCAAAGGAGCACGUCAGUUUACCUAAGGAUAAUGCAAGUCGGAGAAGGAACAUAUGGUAAAGUUUACAAGGCAAAAAACACGAAUACAGAGAAGUUAGUAGCGCUGAAAAAAUUGAGAUUACAAGGAGAGAGGGAAGGCUUUCCCAUAACCUCUAUACGAGAGAUUAAACUACUACAAAGUUUUGAUCAUCCAAAUGUCUCUACUAUAAAAGAAAUAAUGGUCGAAUCUCAAAAAACUGUAUAUAUGAUAUUUGAAUAUGCUGACAACGACUUAAGUGGAUUACUAUUAAAUAAGGAAGUCCAAAUUUCUCACUCACAAUGCAAACAUCUCUUCAAACAAUUGCUAUUAGGAAUGGAAUAUUUACAUGAUAAUAAGAUUUUACACCGUGAUGUUAAAGGCUCAAACAUCUUAAUCGAUAACCAGGGGAAUCUAAAAAUAACAGAUUUUGGACUAGCGAGGAAAAUGAAUUCGCGAGCUGAUUACACUAACCGUGUCAUUACGUUGUGGUACAGACCACCAGAACUAUUGUUGGGAACUACAAAUUAUGGAACAGAAGUUGACAUGUGGGGUUGUGGCUGCCUCCUGGUGGAAUUAUUCAAUAAAACUGCAAUUUUCCAGGGCUCUAAUGAAUUAGAGCAAAUAGAAUCAAUUUUCAAGAUUAUGGGAACUCCUACAAUAAAUAGCUGGCCAACGCUUUACGAUAUGCCGUGGUUUUUUAUGAUUAUGCCACAGCAAACUACCAAGUAUGUCAACAAUUUUUCUGAGAAAUUUAAAAGCGUUUUACCAUCUUCAAAAUGUCUGCAAUUGGCGAUUAAUUUGUUAUGUUAUGAUCAGACGAAAAGGUUUAGUGCAACCGAAGCUUUACAAAGCGACUAUUUCAAGGAAGAACCAAAGCCUGAACCUUUAGUUCUUGAUGGAUUGGUAAGUUGCCACGAAUAUGAAGUCAAAUUGGCAAGAAAACAAAAGCGUCCUAACAUACUAUCCACCAACACAAACAAUAAGGGUAAUGGUAAUAGUAAUAAUAAUAAUAAUAAUAAUAAUGACGAUGAUGAUAAAUAA